UUCCAAAGGUAUGAAAAUCAGAAAAUUGUUUGACACUUCGGCUAGCAAUAAGGUUUCUUUACCACUAUAACAAUGACUCUUCUCAUAGCACCGUGGAAAGCAAAGAGCUCAAUGAUGUCUACUAUACACUUGCUAAUAUUGUUACUUGGAGUGGUGGCUUUCGCCACCCCUUCUUUUGGUACCUACGAGAAUUAUGGGAAGCCUCCUACUCCUCUUUACAAGCCUCCUAAAGUGAAACCGCCACCAUAUGAACAUAAGCCACCUGUUUAUGAACCACCAAAGAAGGAGAAGCCUGAGCCUAAACCACCUGUUUAUACAUCACCAAAGAAAGAUAAGCAUGAACCCAAACCACCGGUAUAUGAACCUCCAAAGAAAGAAAAGCCUGAGCCUAAGUCACCAGUUUAUACACCUCCAAAGAAAGAAAGGCCUGAACCCAAGCCACCAGUGUAUGAACCACCAAAGAAGGAGAAGCCUAAGCCUAAGCCAUCAGUUUAUACACCACCAAAGAAAGAGAAGCCUGAACCCAAGCCACUUGUGUAUGAACCACCAAAGAAGGAGAAGCCUGAGCCUAAGCCACCAGUUUAUACACCACCAAAGAAAGAGAAGCCUGAACCCAAGCCACCUAUGUAUGAACCACCAAAGAAGGAGAAGCCUAAGCCUAAACCGCUAGUUUAUGCACCUCCAAAGAAAGAAAAACCAGAACCCAAACCUCCAGUUUAUGAGCCUCCAAAGAAGCCACCAGUUUAUGAGCCUAAGCCACCAAAGCCACCGGUUUAUGCAUCUCCAAAGAAGGAAAAGCCUGAACCCAAACCACCAAUGUAUGAACCACCAAGUAAGCCUCCAAUGUAUGAGCCCAAGCCACAAAAGUCACCGGUUUAUGCACCACCAAAGAAAGAGAAGCCAGAACCAAAACCACCAAUGUACGAACCUCCAAAGAAACCUCCUGUACAUAAGCCACCAUAUGGUCACUAUCUAGGACACCCUCCAUUGGGGAAGCCUCAAUAGAGAGGCCCCAUCAGCUAGCCAUCCCCAUGAACUGAGCUAGUAUGCCUAUAUAGAUAAAUUAGUAUCUAUACAACAAGAGCUGCUGCUGACUCAUGUUCUGUUUUCUUGUAUCUCAUGUAGUAAAGUUUUCUUUUACUAGCGAGAAUACACACGACAAUAUUCAUUGGGAUGUCUAUUCUAUAUCUCCUUGCUACUCAAAGAGAAUAUCCUGAUUUCAACAUAUAUUCCAAAUGCCAACCACAGG